AAAUAGGAGGAAAACAGACUGGGAGUGAAGGGAGAGACGUGAAGCCAUUCAGCAAGCGUCUCAUUUACACCUGCUUGUGUCCGGCCGCCUCCCAUCUGUCAAAGAGUCUCCUUCACUCCAGCUUGAACACGAUGUGGCUGCCGGCGCUGGUGUGUCUACUUGGCCUGUUUCUCCGUGGAGAAGCUGUAAUUGAUUGUACCACACACCCCACCUUCAGAGCACCAAGAAACACCGACAUCACUGUGAUGUGCGGCACUCAGAGACUGGAGCUGUGCAUCCUGCUGUGCCCCGUGUACUUUGCUGGCUACAACGAGUCGCUGAUGGCGCUCAACUCACAGCACAGCAGCCUGGACUGUCACGGUACUCCCGACUGGUCUGUGGACCCGCCCACCUUGAAGUUCAAUUUCACCAUCAGCGAAAGCUCCAUUUCCACCUGCAACAACAAGCUGAAGAUCACUCAGGAGGUGGGCUCGGGGCUCUUCUCUGACUAUUCCAGCAUUCAGGCUGUCAACAUCUCUGGGAUAAUCAGCUCCCUGGACCCCAGUGCCGGCACCAUCACCUACCGCCAGGAGAUGACCUACAUGUACUCCUGUCGGUACCCUCUGCAGUACCUCAUCAACAACACAGAGAUGAGUGUGACUGGCGUGAGCCUGGCUAUCAAGGAUAACAAUGGCAGUUUCAUCAGCACUUUGAGCAUGCAGCUCUUUGAGGAUCGUUUUUACAAAGUGCCGCUGGUCAUCCCAUCUUUCGGCCUGCAGCUGAAGAAGAGGAUCUUUGUGGAAGUCAAAGCCACAAACCUCACUGACAGGUUUUAUGUGCUGCUGGACCGAUGUUAUGCCACGACUACUCCCUUUCCAGUCAACAGCUCCUAUUAUGAUCUUUUUGUAGGCUGUACCCGCGACGGGCAGACGGUGAUGGGUGCGAACGGGGAGCGGCAGAGCGCUCAGUUCUCGUUCGAGGCCUUCCGCUUCGUGGAGCACAAGAACAUGACCGUCUCCACCUUCUACCUGCACUGUGCCACCCGGCUCUGCGAGAGGACAGCCUGCGUCACCGUCCGGCCGAACUGCACAGGGAGCGCCCGCAGGAGGAGGGAGGUGCCGUCGAGCCCGGGCACCGCCGUGAGCGAGGCAGCCACCGUCACCUCAGGACCCAUCAUCACCAGGGUGGACAGCGGUAUUCCUGAGGCAUCAUCUUUUGCAGAGGAAAGAUCUCAACAAAUUCUUCCAAUGAAUGGUGGACAGGCGAUUGACAGAAAUGGGACGGCCUCGCUGGCCUCCAGCCGCUCCCUGGCCGGCGUGGCCAUCGCCACCGGAGCCCUGGGUGUGAUCUGUGUGUCCCUGGUCGGAUUCAUCAUCUUCAAGAUCCGCUCGUCCAAGCUGAAGCCGGGAGGCGCGGCCGGCAAGUGAGCUCGAGAGCUGCGGGCAGGGCGAGGAGUGGGAGAGAAUGAGGGGUUGAGGUGUCCAAGACUAGGUGAGAACCUGCUGACUGGGAUCAGUCAAACACUUUAAAACGUGACCUGCUUGGGAGAGGGAUUCAUAAAGGCUGUUUACUCCAAAUCUACGCUUGGGCUACCUGUUCUGUCUCAAAAAAGCAGAGGCACAGGGAUCACGUCACGGGGAAUAGGGCUGAUUCUUCAUGUUUCUUUGUGUCUAGACGGGGUGUUAAUAGUUUCUUUGUAAACUUCAAUGGAUGACAUUGAGAUCUGUCUCCAGUUUGGUUAUAGAUUAAAGAGCUUUGUGAAUUUCUCCUGUUCUCUUUUUAUCUCAUGUACAUGAACAUGACUGGAUACUGGUUUUAAAUUCUUUAUAAUGGGACUAAUCAUACUAAUAUGAUUUCUUUGUUGGGGUUGGUGGUGACAAAACAUUUUAUAGAGGUUUGAUAAUACUUCAUGGAUAUCCUUAAGGGGAUUUCAGAGUGGACUUACUUAUGUUUUACUUAUAUUUGCUACUGAUUACCAGUAAUAACUGCCUAUUUGGUGCAAAAGACCGUAUAGAGUAUUUACAACCUUCCAGCAAUAAGCAUUGUUGAAAAUUCGUACCCAGUUUUACUUUAAUGAAAGGAAAGAGGAAAAAUCUGCCAACCUCCAACUUUUCAAGUCAAAAUGUUGAGUUCUCAUGACAUGGCUUUCAAAAACACAUUUAAACCCACCCUUUAAAUUUACCUUUAAAACUUGUGUUGUUCAGCAUCUGGUUAGAUCAACAUCCAGUCAGUACUUACAAAUGUACCGCCUUGUUUAAGGAUUCUUAAAUUGGAUCCUUAAAAGAUCCAUGACAACGUGACAGCUUGAAAAUGUCAAUGUGUCUGACCGAUACAUAUUGUCUGUGUGUUGCUGCGAAUGGUUCCGAGUGACUGUAAACCAAUCCUGUUUGAAUUUAAGCAUUAAAAACAUAUUUUGAAUAAAAUAACAGC